AUGUUCAGUAAAGUAAAAGCAAUCAAGGAUAGAAAGGCCAAUGUUUGGUGCAGUGCACCCAUGGCACCCUCUAGUGGUUUCUCUCAGCCUCUUCAAUCUCAGGACCAAAUGUGUGGAGAGAAGAUGAAAAAGUCCACUUGUAAAGAAAGAUCUCUUCCACCUCCACCUUUAGUUUCAUCUCCCCAACAACAAGUUUGGAGUGGUAGUGCUGUUGCAACAGCAGGUGCUUCAACCACUUUGAAUCCAACUGUCAGUUUACCUUUGGACAAGUAUUUAGAGAUUUUGCAACAAUUUCAAAAUCAACAAAAGUUUUUAGAAGAACACUUUGAUGACUCUGUAAUAUCUGCUGAUGAUCAGCCCUAUAUUGUGAGAUCUAUGGAUAUUAAAGGUAGUGAAAAUAACGUCCAAAAAUCAGAUGAUUCAAUUCCUUUGGCACAACUGAUUGGAAAAGAUGAACCAGUGGUUCACAGUUGUAAAUUUGAGGUGACCUACAUGGUUGACAUUUUAGAAAAUGUAUCCAAAAAGCAGAAGGCCAUUUUGCAAAAGAAUAAUCUCUUGUUGAGCAAAAAGUUGUGGACUCAAUGUAUUCUCUUGUCCAAUGUUCAACGCAGAAUUGCCUUGAGAAACUGUGUUGUAAAGUUCUUGGGAAAUGAAAGCAACGAAAAUGAGAAGGUGAAUAGUCACAUCUCCAUUGAUGGAAAUGACAUUAUUCUUCUCACUGAUACUUCCGGACUCUACGAAGUCAAAUUGAGCGUUGAUGUCAAUUAUUCAAACAUUGAGAACCUUAAGAAUGAAACUUCUCCAAGACAAAUCUUCCUUAACCUUCCAAAUGCAGUGACCAGCAACUUUGAGUUUUUGAUCAUGACUGAGAAGUGUCAAGUGAAAAUUACCCCUGCACUCUAUUUUGAACAAUCCAACAUUUCUCUCAACGAUAAGACAAUCACAAGAAUAUUCACACAACUUCCUUCAUUAAGCUCAUUGAACAUUGAAUGGACUCCUGAGGUCACUAACAAGAUUGACAAGAUACUUCAAGAAUCAGCCUCUGAAGAGAAGGAAUCUGAGGAGGAGGUUAUGAAAGUAACCUUGCCAGUCUCCAUCAGCUCCACCCAAAACUCGAGCUGUCUCAUUGGAGAAGGUGUCAUUAAUACCAAGAGUAGAUUUGAGUACUCGAUUAUUAAUGGAAGUAUUACAUCUUUAGAGAUUGCCAUCAAUCCAUUUGGCCUUCCAUUCAGAAUAAUUUCUGUGAGUGGUUCCUCCAUUAAGGAAUGGAAUCUUGUGAGUGAGGAAAAUAGUGGAGAGGGUGUAAAAGAUGAGCAACUCGAAGACGCUCAAUCCUUUGUUAACGCAAGAAAGAAACUAGUUGUAACCUUUUCGAGAGAAAUCGAGCAUUCAUAUACUUUGGAAGUUCAUCAUGAGGCAGAUAUGGGCGGAACCAGUGCAUUAGUCAAGACACCGUCUCUCUCUACUUUGAAUACUGUGAGAGAGACAGGUACACUUGCAAUUAUUGCAAAGACUGUGAUUGAAAUUGUCGAAAAGUCCAGAAAAUACUUGAGAAAGAUUGACGUCUCCGAGUUGCCCCAUGUACACAAGCAGUCUGGUUUCCCUGUCCUGAUGGGUUAUAGAUUCCUCGAGAAUCAACACGAACUACAAUUAGACGUUAUUAGACAUGCAGACGUUCCUGUUCUUUCAACGAGUGUUGAAAAUUGUAGCUACAGCAUUACCUUAUCCAGCGACAAGUUGCUACACAAACUAAACAUGAACGUCUACAAUACCACCAAACAAUAUCUCAGAGUGACCUUACCAAAACAAUUGGCUGGUGCAGAAGUUUGGUCCACCACUGUGGAUGGAUCCACUGUUAAACCUGGUCAGGAAGUUCGUGGGGAUGUCAAAACAAUUCUAAUUCCACUCAACAAGAAACAAGCAACACUUGCCAUGAACAUUGAUUUUACCUUCACAGUUCCAUCCAAAACCAUGAGCUCCUCAGGAACGAUUGAGGUCUCUCUCGCCAAGAUUGACUGCCCUAUCAGCAAAUUGAAUUUAGCCGUAUUCUUGCCAAAAGGAUACAAGUAUGGAGAGUUUGAAGGAAAUAUUCAAGAAAUUAAGAAUUCUUUCCUCACCAACACCAUUUCUGACUCCGUGGUAGGCCUCAAACGAUUUACAAGGAAAAAAGAAAUGUCCAGUCAGAAAAUAGCACAACUAGAUGUUGAACCAUUAUUUGAAGAAAUGCAACAACAGGCCUUUAGUUUUGACAGUGGCGUGAAUCCAGUCAAUCUUUCCUCCUUAGAUACUACAAGUGGACAAAUCAAAUUCUCUUUCCAAAGAAUUCUCUUGUUAGAAAACGAAUCCAUUACAACUUCAGUCAAGUAUAAGGAAAUCACCAAAUAUUGGUUCCAAAGAAGAAACCUCACUGGAUUCAAACCAACCACCAUGAUUUUCAUCUCAUUGAUUAUUCUCUUUAUUGCCAUUGUUGUUUAUUACAAACUGAUGCGUACCAUUGUUAUUGAAGCUGCAGAUUCCUCUCAAAACUAA